AAUAUGUUUGUCAAUCAAAAGUGUUCAACAAAUGUCAUAUUAUUUUUCAUAUAUUUAGUGUCCAUCGUCUCAAUUGUUAUCAAAUGUGAUUACCAAAGUAUUCCUCAAUUAGAUUAUUAUGAAAUUAUUGAUGCAAUAGAUAUAAAACAUAAUAAAAUUGCCAAAAGAGAUACCGAUUUUGUUGAUGAAAAUCAUAAAGAAUCGGUCAAUCAUUUGGUAUCAUUUCGUGCCAUUAAUAAAGAAUUUAAUCUUUUAUUAAAUCAUAAUAAAGAUGUGAUUAGUUCUCAGUUUAAUGCCUUUACCAUUGAUGCCAAGGGUCGCAAAAAGCCAUUAUUUGUCGACUUAAAUGAAUUUUAUUCGGGAAAAGUAAACGGAGUCAAGGACUCGGAUGUUAGGGCACACAUUGGCCGCAACGGCAUAAUGACAGCUACCAUACAGACCAACAGUGAAACCUAUGAAGUAGAACCUCUGUGGAGACAUUUGCCAAAUCACUUGAAUAGAGAUGAAUCGAUGAUUGUCUACAAGAGAUCCGAUGUCAAACAUUCCUCCGAUUCGACGGACGGGUCGCGAAAAUUCUGUGAUUAUAUUAAAAUCGACGACAAUGUAACCGAUGACAACAUAAUGGUUACCGAAGAACUGAUUAGAAGAAAACGCCAAUCAUUUUACAAUGAGAUUGCAAUUACCGGUGAAAUAAACGCACAGACAUUCACACCGACUCACACACAUUGCGCUAUUGUGUUGGUCGCCGACCAUUACUUUUAUCAAUUGAUGGGCGACUCAAACUCGAAGACAACAAUCAAUUACUUGAUACACAUAAUAGAUAGAGUGAACAGAAUAUUCAACGGAACCGAAUGGACAGACAUCGAAAGUGGUAUGGGAUUCACUGGAAUGGGAUUUUUCAUCAAAGAAAUCCAAAUCCAUACGGAACCGACACCUGAUUGGGAUCACUAUAAUUCAGAUCAAAGCAAACGAUCGGUACGGGAUGUGCUCGAAGCCUUCUCCUUGAACAGAGAGAACAGUCAGUUCUGUUUGGCCCAUCUGUUCACUCAUCGAUCGUUUGAAGGUUCGGUACUGGGUCUGGCCUACGUAGCCUCGCCCCGUACAAACUCGGUGGGCGGUAUGUGUAGUCCCAGUUAUUACGGUAAUACACAGUUACAUCCAAACGGAAUUUCACUGUAUCUCAACACUGGACUGACAACAACCCGGAACACGUUUGGUCACAGAAUUAUAACUCGCGAAGCCGUAUUAGUUACGGCACACGAGUUUGGCCACAAUUGGGGCUCAGAGCACGACCCGCACACUGAAGAGUGUUCGCCAAACGCCGAAAACGGCGGCUCUUAUAUUAUGUAUACCUAUUCUGUGAGCGGUUAUGAAGAGAAUAAUCGGUUUUUCUCGCCGUGUAGUAAACGGUCUAUUAGUGCUGUAUUAGUGGGUAAAUCUCAUCGUUGUUUCUCUCGUCCUGACAAAUCAUAUUGCGGUAACAGCAAAGUCGAAGACGACGAAGAAUGCGACGAAGGUUUACUGGUUAAGGGCGACGAUUACGCCACUGGUUUGUGUUGUGACAGUCGCUGUCGUCUACUUCCCGGUUCCGAUUGUAGCGACAAAAACUCCGAUUGUUGUGCUUCUUGUCGGGUCAAACAUUCCGGUCAGGUCUGCAAACUAAAAGAUGAACUCAACUGUAAAAAUGAGUCCUAUUGUGACGGAGAAAGUCCCCACUGUCCAGAGCCAUCUCCAAUGCCCAACAACACCAAGUGUAUGGACAGAGGUCAGUGUAGAGCUGGAAAAUGCCUGUCAUUUUGUGCAGCUCAAGGACAGUCGUCAUGUUUAUGUGAAGGGGCCAGAGAUGCCUGUUUUCGGUGUUGCCGUGCCGUUACAAUUGGCAGUAACUUUAGCAGCCUGUCUGGUACAUGUGCUCCAGUUGAGCCCAGAGAUCCAUUGCCCAAUGGGACGCCAUGUAAAUACGGUGUUUGUGAGGCUCAAAGAUGCGAGAGAGCUGUUCAAGACUUUGUUGAACGCUUUUGGGAUGUCAUCGAAGAGAUUGAUAUCAACACAUUCUUUCGCAUCAUGAAAGACAACAUCGUCGGUGUGGUAUUAGUGUUAUCACUGAUAGUAUGGGUUCCUAUCACAUGUGCCAUCAGCUACUACGACCAGAAACACAAAGAAAAAGUUCGUCGAAGAAGUUCCUCAUUUGACAGCGUCGGAAGUCAGAGAAGGAAUGGUAAUAGUGUUCGUCCGCGAAGUUUUAAUUCAACACUUUCGAGACCAAGUGUUCGCUAUGCGAACAAUCAGCGCAUCAAUACCCCGACCUCAUCUGUCUAUUAUCCGUCCACUUAUGGUUAUAGACAUUAGAGACAUAAAAAUCAAAUGUUUAACAAUUAUUAGCUCAUUAUUUAAAAGAAGAAUUGUUUUUAUUUGGUUUGUUUUUUUGCUCCGAAUUCUAAGUCAUAAAAUAAUGUAUAUUUUGACCAAAUGGUUGAAAACUUAAUUUCA